CACCAAAUUGAUAGUCUGAGAAGCAGUACGCUGUGAAGAAAAUUAGAAACAAGAGAUGAAUGCUGUUGAGGGAGUUCUUCUCUUCUUAGAUGGUCGGGGGUUUUCCAAUAUGUCAUUACACGUGCUGUCAGCUGAUUCGUGCUUCUUUCCAGUCGUGGCAUGCCGAAGAAGGAACGGAGUACGAGUGAACGCCCAAGUUAUCCAAGUCUUCUGCCAGCAGAGGUACUCUCUACGAUAGCGGUCAUCGAUGAAGCAAGAAAUCGAGAACCUAGACAGGUAGCAGAAAGCCAAACAAUACGACUUUCCUGAUAAGCUCAAAAGUGCGUCUCUCGGCUUCUGAGCUUGACAAAUUCCUCAAGUCUUCGUCCAGCAAUCACAGUCCUAGUUCAUGGGCGUGCUGGAGGAUGAAGCCAAGAGAAUACCCAGCAACAAAAAGAAUCGUGCGGUGGUGCGAUGGGCGCGCCCGAAAAAGCGGGUGUCGGUCGUAGACGCACGUUUACCGAUGGACAACCACAUCCUAAGAUCAUCCCGCAACAUAGAGCCAAAACAAAAGAGUAUCACUGAUGAAAAAAAGGCCUCGUCGCAUGAGCUUUAAAAUUCCUGCAACGUCCCAGAUCUUCAUAUAGCAAUCACAGCCCAAGUUCGAAAGAAUGGUCGUCCGCAUGAGCAAUGGGAAAAGAAAAGGAGGCACUGCAUCUUUAUCCGCCAGAAGCAGGGCUGACGGUAUUGAA